CAAAAAAGGAAUAUUGCCAAGCAUUUGAUCUGAGAGAGAGAGAGAGAUACAUAGUAAUAAUUCAUUGUAACCUAGCAUUUCCUUAUAUAUGGCGAUACGAUUAGUUAUAUAUACAUAACAUAACAUUCGUGAUUAAGUAAAAUAAAAUUAUUAAGAUGAAUUUGGUUGGAGGUUUAUUAGCAGUGGUGAUGGUGGUAAUGGGUAUGUGGGAAUGUAGUUCACCAUUUCCCAUACCGACGCAGCAGGUGGCGGACCAUGUCAGCGGGUUGCCCGGACAGCCAUCUGUCAGUUUCAAUCAUUAUGCCGGCUAUGUCACUGUUAACCAACCUAAUGGCAGAGCCCUCUUUUAUUGGUUUUUUGAAGCCAUCAACAAACCACAAAACAAACCUCUCGUCCUUUGGCUCAACGGAGCGGCCAAUUUACUGUUUUUGGAAUCUCCCGUUGGCGUUGGAUUCUCAUAUACAAACACAUCUAGUGAUCUCAGUCACCUUGGUGACAACAUGACAGGCUAUUAUGUCCCUCAGAUUGCGAACCUUGUUGUUGAGAAAAACAAAAUUGCACUUAAAGACCACUUGAUUAACAUCAAAGGAAUUUUGAUAGGGAAUGCAGAGCUGGAUGAUGAAACAGACCAAAAAGGAAUGAUAGAGUAUGCGUGGGACCAUGCGGUUAUAUCAGAUGCAGUGUAUGAUGAGAUUAAGAAAGAAUGUGAUUUCAGUAGCUUAAAGUUGACUAAGGAAUGCAAUCAUGGAUUAGAUAAGUACUUUGAUGUGUAUGACAUCAUAGAUAUGUACAGUUUUAUGGAAGAAGGAAGCCGUUAUCUGGGUACGACCCUUGUGCCUAUUCGUAUACUAAUGUUUAUUUUAACCGAGCGGAUGUCCAACGUGCUCUUCAUGCUAAUGUCACUGGACUUCGUUAUCCCUGGACAAGUUGCAGGUAUGAGCGAUGCCAUUGAGAAGUGGAAAGACGCUCCUUUCUCCAUACUCCCUAUUCUGAGACAACUUAUUGCUGCGGGGCUACGCAUUUGGGUUUACAGCGGAGAUACAGAUGGUAGAGUACCAGUUACAGCGACGAGGUACAGUUUAAGAAAGUUGGGUUUGCGGGUGAAACAUGAUUGGACUGCAUGGUAUACUAACAACCAACAGCAUAAACUUGAUAUGAUGAUAUUAUUACUUAUGCAUGUGGGUGGAUGGACAGUUAAGUAUGAUGGUUUAACGUUUGUGAGUGUAAGGGGAGCUGGGCAUCAAGUUCCUACUUUCAAGCCAAGAGAAGCCCUUCAGCUCUUCCAACAUUUUCUCAACAACCAAACCCUUCCCUCUAAACCCUUUUGA